GCGGCUAUGGUUCGCAUUUGUCUCAUCAACAGCGUGGAGGAUGUGCUCCACGAGAAGGUGAAAGAUGCCCUCAAAAUGGACGAUCCAUUUGAGGACGAGAGGCGAUUGCCCUUCAGCGUCGUCUCUUGCUCUGGACAGGACGAUGAUUUUCCUGCGAAUGAGCUGAGCAAAGGGGCAUCUGGUCGAGGAUGGCAAGCGCAAAGGUUUUGCGAAUACCCUCAAGAACUGGUGAUUGAGCUGCAGUGGCCAUCUCAUGUUUUCACAAUGCAGCUACUUUGCCAUGAAUAUAAGAUUUCCUCCAAGGUGGAAAUUUUCGCUAGUGUUCUGGCUAACGAGCAGAUGAGUAGCAAGCAGAUGAAAAGACUCGGUCAUCUAUCGCUGGAUCCAAACGAACGAACUGGUUUUCAGGCUCGUGAAUUGAAAAGCAUCCAGAUCAACGCGCCGGCCUCCUCGCUGCGGCUUGUACUGCACAAUUGCUACUCGAACAAGCUAAAUGUUUACAACCAGGUUGGCAUAGUUGCACUGGUGGUAACUGGCGAUCCUUUGAGUGAAGAACAAAUAAUAAUGCAUCAAUUGCGACACACAAUACCCUCUGAAAGUCCAAGACAGAAGAUUUUGGAGAAGAAAACGAAACCAAGAGGCGGUGUCAGCGAGAGUGCCAACGUUGAUUGCAUUACGGGGCAAAGAAUCCAGAGGCUGCAGCAGGAGAAACAGCAGGCCGUGGAAGAGGAAGAUUACGACGAAGCUAAGAGACUUAAGCUGCUGAUUGAAAAGCUCAAAACGUUGGGACAAAAAAUUAAAGAGCUGGAACGAAAGAAGAAGUUGGCUGUGGAAGAAGAGGACUAUGAUCAGGCCAAAUACUGCAAGUUGGAGAUAGAAAAGCUGCGUCAAUUAAACUCGGAGAAUUCUGAAGACGAAACAAGCGACAUGGGAGAUUUGUCAAAUGUGAUUCCUUGCUCUGCAAAGAACACGCAAAACGAUUUCAAUGGUGUGGCUCAUAGAGAAAGCCGUGAUAGCUCGACUCAGACGUCUGAGCAAGUUUCGGAAGACGAGUACAAGGAAGAACUACCCAUCCAUGGCAUAGACGACAAUGAUAUUCAGCAAACCGUAGAACAAACGUCUGGAACUUUAGCUCCAGAGCCCGUAUCUGUGCAACAAGAAGACAGGCCAACUUACAGGCAGGCUUUGCACGAAGACACAGUGGUAACUGAGAUGAGAACCUCUCAAGAUGAUCAAAGCAGCAACAGCGACGAGGUUUUGACUCCGGAGCCUCUGCCAGAAACGGUGGUGAAGGAGUUUUCGGACGUCUUGACCGUGAUGGAUCGCUAUCAUCUGGAAUGUCUUCUCAGCAAGCAUUGGCAGCUUCGUGACAAAUCACUCCAAGUCUUGGAAAAAGAGCUCGAGUCCAAAUCUCAUAUGUCUGACACAGUCACGUCUUUCAGAGCCAUCCACAAAGUUGUAACUCGAGGCUUGAACGAUCGAGUCUCGAAUGUUUUCUUCAGCUCCAUUCAGGUGUUGCGUGCGUAUGUUACGAGAUAUGCAGCCGAAGUUCAAAGCAGAGAGCUUCACUCCUGUUUGGGCGACAUUGCAUCGAUUCUUCGAGAUAAACUUGGCGAUUCCAAUGCAAGAACGAAAGAAGCUGCCGGUGAUACUUUGAUGUUCUUUGCGAUGGUAAAAGAAGCCGGACUCAACGUGAUCGCUCCUCUGAUGCUCAAAGUUCCAAAAACUCUGGCACUGUGGAAACCAAUCUUGGGACGCUUGCAAUGGCUCCUGGUGGGAAUACCAAAAUUUGGUUUGCAACCGCAGGGUCGGAGUGGAUCUCCCGGAUUUGCGACAGAACCUCUGAUGCAUUUCGUGGUCCACUGUUUUAACUAUCCAAACGGUGAAGUUCGCAGUGCCGCCAUGAAAGUGACCACAGAAGUCUACAAGAUCAUCGGUCUUGGAGUGGAGAAGUUCUUGAAAGGAGUCAAGCCUGUGAUUCGUGAGGUCAUUGUUGGACUGUUUGAGAAAACCGGGGAAGAACUAAGUGCUUCGUGUUCCAUGUCCAAAGUUUCUCCUUUGAAAGCUGCGACCGAGAAUCCAAAGCAGGGAAAAGGCUUCAGAUCUUCAGAGCCCAGUCCAAAUACCAACUUGCUUAUGAGCUCCUCAUCCCAGACUUUCCGGAAAGGAAAAACUAUCGUCGAUGGUUUUGAGAGGCAGUCAUGCCCGCAACCGGAAGCGGCACGAAACAGGUAUGCUGAUCGAUUGGAGGUUUCGCAAUCUUCUUCUUCAUCGAGUAGUUCCUGGAUCGACGCAGCAGGAAGUGAUUUCACCCAGCGAAGUGGCAAAGCGAGCAGCAGCAAGGCGGCAAUGCGAUUCGAACCUCACUAUAAAUAAACCGAGAGAGAAGCCAAGGGCGAAAUUUUAGGGCU